ACAUUCUGUCCGUAUUCCGGAACACAAACGGUACGGCAACGUUCGUCGCCUUCUGUCAUCGGAGCAAGAAGAUUCCUCGACAGAAAAACAAAGCAUAUUUCAUCUAAUUUGUAUCCGUGAUUCUGUAAUCCUUUCCAUAGCGAGUCAAGUGCGUCCGUAACAUUCGCUAACCACUCCGCCAUCGUCCCCGGACAGACACCUGCUGUCCGUUUCGAUUGCUGUUUUACCUCGACCCUCGGCCACCCGGGAGUGUACGAGCUAGCGCCUUCGCACCGCGGAACGUGUGUGAGUAAGCUUGCCACGAAGCACCGGAAUCGGAACACCGCCAGAAUGUCGGCCGCUGCCUGUACAGCCGUGCUGAAGCAAGAGUUCCCCUCCAUUGAUGGUGAGCUGCUGUCGUACGUGGAGACGGUCCUGCAGAGCAGUGCGGACGAGUUCGAGAACGGUGCGGAGGUGUACGAAGCGGUCGGGGAAAUUCUGCACGAGGUGGCACAGGACAAGUCCGAGGACGAUGUGCGCGAGAUUUGUGACAAAUUUCUGCGGCUGCUGAAACCCACCAACGGUACGGCCGGAGACGUGAAUGGGGUCGGCGAUGGUGGAGGUGGAGGCGGUGGUGGUGGCGAGAGGCACAAGAAGAUUCUGUCGGCUCCGAUCAAUCUGGGCCAGAUGGCUGCCACGCAGGAGAUUGCGAACGAUGAAAUGCACAGCAUCUGGGUGGUGCAGCGAGACGACAGCCUGAAGGUGGACAGUAAAAAGCUGGAAAAGGCUGAAGCGAAGCGUCAACAGAAGCUGGAAAAGCGCCAGGAGGUGAAGGCAGCGGCAGCAGCAACGGCCGCCACCGUACCGGUCCUGCAAACAGCCACAGCAUCGCAGGUGAUCAGUAAAAAGGACAACAAAAUGGAAUCGAAGGGAACGAACCGUUCGAUGGACAUCCGGAUCGAUAACUUUGACGUGUCGUUCGGGGACAAAACGUUGCUGCAGAAUGCGGAUUUGCUGUUGGCGGCCGGUCGACGGUACGGGUUCGUUGGCCGGAACGGGUUGGGCAAGACGACACUGCUGAAGAUGAUUUCGGGCAAGCAGCUACAGAUACCUAGCCACAUAUCGGUGCUGCACGUCGAGCAGGAGGUGGUGGGUGAUGAUACGACCGCCCUGGACAGUGUGCUCGAGGUCGACACGGUACGGACGGAGCUGCUCGAGCGGGAACGCGAACUGAACAAGCUAGUGGCGGCCGGCUCAACCGAAGCGAACCUCGGCAACGAGCUGUCCGAGGUGUACAAUCAGCUGCAGACAAUCGAAGCCGACAAAGCACCGGCCCGUGCCUCCAUCAUACUGAACGGGUUGGGUUUCACGAAAGAGAUGCAAGCCCGCGCCACGCGUACCUUCUCCGGCGGUUGGCGUAUGCGUUUGGCACUGGCGCGCGCCCUGUUCUCCAAACCCGACCUGCUGCUGCUCGACGAACCGACCAACAUGCUGGACAUCAAGGCAAUCAUUUGGCUGGAAAAUUAUCUACAAAAUUGGCCCACCACGCUGCUGGUGGUGUCUCACGACCGGAACUUCCUCGACACCGUACCGACCGACAUUCUGUACCUGCACUCGAUGCGCAUCGAAACGUUCAAAGGCAACUACGAGCAGUUCGACAAAACGCGCACCGAGCGGCACAAGUCGCAGCGGCGCGAGUACGAGGCACAGCUGGCGCACCGGAACCACGUGCAGGAGUUUAUCGAUCGGUUCCGGUACAAUGCGAACCGGGCGGCGAGCGUACAGUCGAAGAUUAAGAUGUUGGAAAAGCUGCCCGAGCUGAAACCGGUGGAAAAAGAGAUCGAGGUGACACUGAAAUUCCCCGAGGUGGAACCGCUCAAUCCGCCCGUCAUGACGCUGAACGAGGUGCAGUUUAAGUACAGCGCGGAUAAGGUGAUAUUUACCAGCGUCAAUUUGGGUGCCAACCUGGACUCGAGGAUAUGUAUCGUCGGUGAAAACGGUGCCGGUAAGACGACGCUGCUCAAGAUUGUCGUGGGCCUACUCCAACCGACGGGCGGUUUGGUCCAUCUGCAUCGUGGCCUUCGACUCGGAUACUUCUCCCAGCAUCACGUCGACCAGCUCGACAUGACGGUCAACAGCGUGGAGCUGCUGCAGAACGCGUACCCGGGCAAACCGAUCGAAGAGUAUCGCCGGGUGCUGGGAAGCUUCGGUGUUUCGGGCGAUCUUGCGCUUCAGGUCGUGGCCAGUCUGUCCGGUGGGCAAAAGUCACGCGUCGCGUUUGCAAAAAUGUGUAUGGGCCGGCCCAACUUCCUGGUGCUGGACGAACCGACCAACCAUCUGGACAUCGAAACGAUCGAAGCACUGGGCAAAGCGAUCAACAAGUACACCGGCGGCGUGAUUCUCGUAUCCCACGACGAACGCUUGAUUCGCAUGAUUUGCAAAGAGCUGUGGGUUUGUGGCGAAGGCACGGUUAAGAGCAUCGAGGGAGGCUUCGACGAGUACCGGAAGAUUGUGGAGCGCGAGCUGGAAGCGCUCGCUGCCUAAUCGUCCCCUUGCGACCCUAGCCGAUCCCGUGUAGCUAUAUUAUUGUAUACUCCCCCGUUCGAUCGUACUGAAAACAGGAAAUGCUCACAAUGCUUUCCCACCAACUCCCAAUUCAAACUGAACUCACAUUUGCGUAGCAAAAAGUUGGUGAGAUUUACAUUAAUUAUUUCUUAUCCGUUUUCUUUCUGUAGUAAAUACCCCCCCGAUUUUAAUUUACGAUUGCUCCUCCUCCCAGCACCAUGCGAAGAACAAUACACACGAGAUGAGUUUUCUCUCGCGCGGCCUACUUAGGUGUUUAGUAAGUUGACGGUCUCGUGUGAUCUCGAUGGGAUACACCCUCUAAAGAAAGUGCUGCAAUACAUGGGGGGAGGCGGCUAGGCGGAGUUACGGAAACCCGGUGCACUACUAGAUCAAAAACAAAAACCGCGUAAUACAAAAUUGUUUAUAAUAACAAA